AUAUUUGCUCAGACCUAUCUUCGUAUGGAUUUGAGCGCGCUGUGUUGAAUAAAAGCAGUAGGCCUACAUUGUUUGAGAUUCAUUCAGCCCCGUGUACCCUGUGAUCAGACUUUAUAACGAGGAACACAUAUGUACAUGUUUCGUGAUUAAAUAAAUUGAUAGAAACGGUGAUUGAUUAGACAUGGCGAGACUUCCAAGAGCUGGUCUAAUCUUUGCGACUAUCCUGUGUUUCGGACUCACUGCUUUCCCGGUUGCCUCGGGGGCGAAAAUCAUGCUUGCGAUGACGUCGUUCUUGAACAGCGUUAGUCAGCAUAUUCUGUUUUCUGCUAUCACGGAACCCCUGGUUGAACGUGGACAUGAAGUCAUACUCGUUACCCCUCAGUUUAAGGUCACUAAGGGCCUCACUGAGGGAGCCGUCACUGGGAAGAUCUUCUUUAAAACCAACCGGACAAAGGAGGAGAUGGAGGAGGUAGCUUCAAGCCUUCAGUCCAUUGCUCUUGGUUUCAGCCAAGAAUCCUUUAUGGAAAUCGUGGACAGGGUAAGGCAGAUCAUGCCGAUGGUCUCCGGGGGGUGUUUUCGACUUUUCGAAGACCAGGAGACUCUUGAUCGCCUUAAGGCAGAGAAAUUUGAUCUGAUCAUCACAAUGCCUCUCUUCGGAUGUGAUGCCUUGCUUGCAGAGUACCUCAAUGUUCCUUUCAUCGCGACGACUCCUCUUCGAAGGAUGCCCACAUUUUCUGAAGACACCUUCGGCAUCCCCGCUCCAUCAUCCUACGUACCGUUCAGCCCAUUCACCCCCUUCUCCGAUCAGAUGACGUUCUUCCAAAGGACUGCCAAUAUUCUAGUGCGUUAUGUCAUCGAUCCACUCUUUGUAUCCUUCACCCGUGUGGGUAUCAGUCGGAUCCAAAAGGAACAUAACAUCAGACCUGAUCUGACCCUUGAACAGCUUCUUGGGAAAGCUCAACUUUGGUUGUCUCAAGGUCACUGGGCUUUUGAGUUCGCUCAACCCACUACACCAAACUACGUCACAAUCGGCGGGAUCACCGUUAAACCAGCCAAACCAUUACCAAAGGAAAUGAACGACUUUGUCGAAGGCUCUGGAGAUCACGGCAUCAUUGUGUUUACUCUGGGAUCUGUUGUUUCAUCGUUGAUGAAUGAGGAUCUCAAUGAAAAGUUGGCCAAAGUUUUCAGCGAGCUACCACAGAGGGUGCUAUGGCGAUUAAAGGGGACACGCCCACGUACCCUUGGAAACAACACGCUUGUCUCCGAUUGGCUACCGCAGAAUGACCUACUUGGUCACCCCAAGACGAAGUUAAUGAUCUAUCACGGUGGUGCUAACGGUAUCAAUGAGAUAGUCACCCAUGGAGUACCGGUCCUAGUCAUGCCUUUAGCCGGUGAUCAGAUGGGUAAUGCUGUCCGUAUGCAAGCCAAAGGGAUGGGCCUCGUGGUCGACAAGAACACCCUCACAGAAGAGAGCUUUAGAGAGGCCCUUCAUGAGAUGCUGAAUAACCCCAAGUAUACAGCUAAUGCGAAGAAGGCUGCCGCGAUAAUGAAAGAUGAAAUAGUUCCCGUCCGGGAGAAAGUUGUCUACUACAUCGAACACAUCUUGAAAUUCGGUGGGGAUCAUCUUCGAUCUCGGGCUCUGGAACUCAACUUCAUCCAACGAGAAUCGCUCGACGUCAUAGUAUUUUUAUUAUUUGUAUCCAUAACAUUUGUAAUUGCAGUCAAAUGGCUGAUUUGUAAAUGCUUUGGACUUUGUAGAAGUAAACAAACCGUAACGAUUAAAUCAAAGUCUGAUUAGUGUAGCUUUCAAAUUUAUAUGCAUGAAUUAAUGUAUAAUAGAGCUGAGAUUGUUUUAAAACCAAACAGCCUAACUUACAAAAAAAAAAAACUCUCACAAACACUGCAAGAAGAAAAAGAGAAAUAAAUAAACUUCUAGCUCCUAGAUGUGAGGUUCAUGGAAGGGCAGUUUUGUUUUGUUUUCAAUUAAGUCGGGAAAAAAUUGCAUCAAAGAAUGGCUUGUAGAGUUCACUUUUAUUGCCUGUCUCAUUUUGUUUUCCUUUAAUAUCGUUUAAAUUUGUUGCAUUAUAUUGCACUGUUUUGUACUAUGCGU